AGUUCCAGUCAGACAGCAACCCAGAGAACCACAAGGUUGACACAAUGGAAGACCUUAAUGUUGCAAACACAAUUUUUGCCCUCAAUUUCUUCAAGCACCUUGCAGAAGUGAGCCCCACCCAGAACCUCUUCUUCUCUCCAUGGAGCAUCUCAUCAACCAUGGCCAUGAUCUACCUGGGUUCCAGGGGCAACACUGAAGACCAGAUGGCCAAGGUGCUCCAGUUCAAGCAAGUCGGAGGUCGUGAUGUCACCCCGGAGAAUUUUACUGGUUGUGAAUUCAUGCAACAGGUCCAGAAGAGUCCCUAUCCCGACGCUAUUGUGCAGGCACAAAUUAGAGACACCAUCCAUUCCUCCUUCAGCUCUCUCAGCUCUGCAAUCAACAAAUCCACAGGGGAUUAUUUAUUGGAAAGUGCCAACAAGCUGUUUGGAGAGAAGUCUGCAGGUUUCACGGAUGAGUACAUGAAACUUUCUAAGAAAUAUUACUCUACAGAACCCCAGGCAGUAGACUUUCUGAAAUGCGCAGAAGAAGCAAGAAAAAAAAUUAAUUCUUGGGUCAACACUCAGACCAAAGGUAAAAUCCCAAAUCUGCUCCCAGAAGGUUCUGUAGACACGGAGACCAGGAUGGUCCUUGUUAAUGCUGUCUACUUCAAAGGAAAGUGGAAAACUCCAUUUGAGAAGAAGCUGAAUGGGUUCUAUCCUUUCCACCUGAACUCGACUGAGAGUAAACCUGUACAGAUGAUGUACUUGCGUGAAAAGCUGAACAUUGGAUACAUAGAAGACCUAAAAGUUCAGAUCCUAGAACUCCCAUAUGCUGGAAAUGUCAGUAUGCUCCUGUUGCUUCCAGAAAAAACUGCUGAUGCUAGCACUGGGUUGGAAUUGCUGGAGGAUGCAAUCACCCAUGACAAGCUGAAGAACUGGACCAACAAAGACACGAUGGCUGAAGAUGAUGUUGAAGUAUAUAUCCCCCAGUUCAAAUUAGAAGAGCGUUAUGAACUCAAAUCCAUUCUGAAAAAUAUGGGCAUGGAGGAUGCCUUCAGCAAGGGCCAGGCCAACUUCCAAGGAAUGUCGGAAGCAAAUGAUUUGUUUCUUUCUGAAGUGUUCCAUCAAGCAACUGUUGAAGUUAAUGAGGAGGGCACUGAAGCCACUGCUGGCACUGGGGGCAUUAUGACAGGAAGAACUGGCCAUGGGGGCCCCCAGUUUGUGGCUGACCAUCCUUUCCUUUUCCUGAUCAUGCACAAAAUAACCAACAGCAUUCUGUUUUUGGGCAGAUUCUCCUCACCAUAAAAUAGAAAAGAUUCCAUUUCUACACACGACUUCUUGGCGCGAGCUAUCAGUCUCAGAAAUGCUAUUUUAGGAGCCAAGUCUUUUUCUCCAUGUUUCUGUUUCUCUGUAAAAAUUCUGGGACCUAUAAAAUAUAAAGGCAAAAAUGA